UCAAAACGGCUUUCGUCUCCAAAUUUUUCUCCUUUAAAACUCUCUGUUUUUCAGUUUCAACUUCGUCUCCCUCCUCCCCCUCUCACCAUCAUCUCUAUAUACACACACUCCCUCCCUCCCUCCUAUGGAUUCAUAAUGUAACAAUCUUCUUCCUCUUCCUUUACAUCCUCACAUCACAUGGCGGGCCUCUUCUACUCCUCCUCAAAACCCACUCCUUCAUCAACACCCUCUUACUCGCGUCUGUUAUUGCUGGUGACCCUUCUCCCUCUCUCCCUCGCCUGUUUCGCCUUCGUCCUCCAAUGGCGCGGCGGACUCGACGACCCGGCCACCCACUGGUCCACGGAUCAUCUCGAGUUCCCCGGAAUGGCCUCCACCACCCGCGAGAAACAACAACAACAACAACAAAGCUCCUCCUCGCGUCGUUCGGAUUCAGGCUGCGUAGAUCUUCUGGGUCAGAGCCGUUCGCCUUCCUUUCCUUAUUUCCGUGACUGGACUUUCGAUUACCAAUCCGAUCUGAAUCCUAAGAUAUGUAUAACAACAAGCACUUCUGCUGGGUUAGAGCAAACACUGCCAUGGCUGUUCUACCACAAAGUUAUCGGUGUUUCAACGUUUUAUCUUUUUGUUGAAGGGAAGGCUGCUUCCCCUAACGUGUCUCGAGUUUUGGAGAGCAUACCAGGUGUUAAAGUUAUACACAGGACCAAAGAGUUAGAAGAGCAGCAGUCUAAAAGUCGGAUAUGGAACGAGACUUGGUUGGCGAGCUUCUUUUACAAACCGUGCAACUAUGAGUUAUUCGUGAAACAGUCUUUGAACAUGGAGAUGGCUAUCAAAAUGGCUCAGGAUUCUGGUAUGGAGUGGAUAAUUCAUCUUGACACCGACGAGCUUAUACACCCUUCUGGAGCCACCUAUGAAUAUUCUUUAAGAAAAUUGCUUGGAAAUAUCUCUGCAGACGUUGAUGCAGUUAUCUUUCCAAACUAUGAGAGCAGCGUUGAGAGGGAUGAUAUCAAAGAGCCUUUCAGUGAGGUGUCAAUGUUCAAGAAGAACUAUGACCAUCUUCCGAGGGAUGUUUACUUUGGGAACUAUAAAGAGGCCACUCGUGGGAAUCCAAACUACUUCCUAACCUAUGGAAAUGGAAAAGCUGCUGCUCGUGUGCAGAACAAUCUUCGUCCUAAUGGUGCUCAUAGAUGGCACAACUACAGAAAGAGUCCAAAGGAGAUCAAACUAGAAGAAGCGGCCAUUCUGCACUACACUUAUCCCAAAUUUUCAGAUCUUACUUCAAGACGUGAUCGUUGUGGUUGCAAGCCCACCAAGGUGGAUGUUAAGAGAUGUUUCAUGUUGGAGUUUGACAGAGCUGCAUUUAUCAUUGCUUCAACCGCAAGCUCAGAGGAAAUGCUUCAAUGGUACAGAGAGCACGUUGUGUGGACAGACGGUGCAUUGAAGCUGAAACUCCUUAGGAAGGGAAUCCUGACUCGCAUUUAUGCCCCCAUGGUUAUAAUCCAAGAGUUAAGAGAGGCAGGUGUGUUCAGCUCGGUGGUAAACUCAGCUCACAUGUCUCUGAACAACUCUUCAACCCUAAGCAUAAGCCGAGACUCAUCUCAGGUGACUGGUAGGAGGAGAGUGUUGGAAGCCCAUCUUGAUCUUGAUAGUGAAUCUCAAGCAUCAGCCGUACCACCACAAUCGCCUCCAGGCGUGGAAGCAACCCAGAUAGGACACAACAAUCAAUCUGAAUAGAUAUUUUUAUUCAUAAAGAGAGUGAUUUUCGCAAGGUUUUGAAACAUGAGCUGCUGGUGUACAUUUCGGAAAAGUUUGUUUCCCUAUAGGUUGGUUAUACACACAGAUGAAUAGGAGGAAAUAGAACGUUAGCAGGCUCUCUAUUCUCUAUGUAAUAUGCAGAAUACUUGAUUCUAUAUUACUUCUAAUACAAAGUCAUCACCUUUUCUUA